GAAUUGGAAAUGGCCAAGCAAGCCACGCUGACGACGUACGCCCACCAGGCGGACCUCCCGAGUCUGCCCGUGCCCGACCUGCAGCAGACGGCGCGCAAGUACCUCGAGUCCAUUGCGCCCUUCGUGACCAAGGAGGAGCUUCAGCACACGACCGAGCUCAUGCAGGACUUUGUGGGGCCCAAUGGCCAAGCUCACGCCCUCCAAGAAGCGCUCCUUGAGCGCGCGGCCACGGAGCGCAACUGGCUGGCAGAGUGGUGGGAGUACGCGGGCUACACGUCGUAUCGCGCUCCGACGGCGAUCGACAUCAACAUGAUCUCGGGCUUUGGCUCCUUCAGCGAGCUCGACCAGUCGGUGCCGCAGUGCCGCCGCGCGGCCGAGAUCAUCCGGUACACGUCCGAGUACCACGCGAUGCUGCUCCUCGAGAAGGUCGCGCCGGAGCAAAUGGGUCGCCGCCCCAUGUGCAUGGACAUGUUCCGUCGCAUCUUUGCGUCCUGCCGCAUCCCGCAGAUGCCGGCCGACACGUACGAGCGCGUCGACGGCGUCAAGCGCAUCGAGCACGUCGUUGUGUUCUGCUGCGGCUACCCCUUCGCGCUCACUGUCGUCGACGCGCAGCACCAGCUGCUCUCGAUCGGCGACCUCGAGCGCCAGCUGCAGUUCAUCUACGAGUACGCCCAUUCGUUCCCGACAAAGCUUGCUGUCGGCGCGCUUACGUCAGCCCACCGCGACGUGUGGGCCGAAGCCCGGGAGGAGCUGCUGCCGCUGGGUACGAACGCGGCGAGCUUGCAGAUGAUCCAAGAGAGCUUGUUUGCCGUGUGCAUGGACGAGAGCACGCCGACGACGCCGACCGAGUGCCUCCAGCACAUUGCGGCCGGCGAGGCGCACAACCGGUGGUACGACAAGAGUCUCCAGUUCAUCGUCUUUGGCAACGGCAACGUCGGCUGCAACAUGGAGCACGGCAACGCGGACGCGACCGUGUACCGCUCCGUGUUUGAAUGGCUCGGGCGGCGCUACUUGAACCGCAAUGGGAGCAUGGAGACGCGCAUCGAGAGCACGUCGAGUGCGUUCUUGCCGCCGCCGACGCUCCUCUCGCUCGAGGUGCCAUCGCCGGUCGUCGCGACGAUCGCCGACGUCUCGGCUGCCUUUGCGCUCAAGGCCGCGCGCUUCCAAGCGUGCGUCACGCGGCACAAGGAGUACGGUCGACUGCGCAUCAAGUCGGAUCUGCACAUGCCGCCCGACACGUUUGUGCAGCUCGCGAUCCAGCUCACGGCGUGGCAGCUCUGGGGCAAGGUCCUUCCGACGUACGAGAGCGCGCACACGCGCUGGUUCGCCCACGGCCGCACCGAAACCAUCCGGUCGUGCUCGAACGAGGUCGUUUCCUGGCUCCACGCGCCGUCCGACAUGGCCAAGUUGGAGGCCGCGGUCGCCAAGCACCAAGAGCUCGCGAUGGAGGCGCUUGACGGCCAAGGCGCCGACCGGCACCUCCUCGGGUUGCAGAUCGCGUCGGUCCUUGCCGGUGCGCCGCUGCAUCCCAUCUUUUCCGACGUCUCGUACACCAAGUCGGGCGGCAACGGCAACUUCGUGCUCUCGACGUCCAAUGUCUCGGGGUACGAGUGGCUCUGGGGCGGGUUCGCGCCCAUGGUCGAGUACGGCAUUGGCGUCUGCUACUCGGUCGAGCCGACCUUCAUCGGCUACACGGUCACGUCCAUGAAGAAGACGGAAGACGCGAGCGACCCGAUCGAGCGCGUCUCGUGCCACACGUUUGCGGCGGCGCUCACGCGAAGCAUCUCGUCGCUGGCCGAAACCCUCCAGGCCGCGCGUCGGGCGGCGGCCAAAUUGUAAAAAGCACGCGUUCUUAUUGUGUAACACGUACUCGUGUUGGGUUAGCGG